AUGCCUCCCGCUCCCACAAUCUCCUCCGUCAAGCAGACUUUCGUCUCUGCGCAGACAAACCUCCUCUCCCAGCCGAUUGCGCCGUCUCGAGCCUGGCGCGCCUCCAACGACGCGUCUGAGCAUGCAAUUCCCAACCGCCUCGUCGACGAUGCCGUCGCAAGCGUCAAUCGCACAAUCCAGCAGCACUGUCGCCGCGUCUAUGCGCCCCAGGCAAGCCGGCACGUGGCCGAGCAGAUCAGCAACUUGUAUUCGAGGGACGCCGAGCGGAGGCUGGGCAACCCGGACGAUGCUGGAGGCGGGAUUGGACGAGAGCUUGAUCUAGUCGACGAGAAUGCCAUUGAAUCACUUCCCGCCGCCUGGCCGUCUCACAAGGAUGUCGAUGCCUAUCCUAUGGAAGCCAACCGCUACGCGGAGACGGUUCGCCAACUAGCCGACCUCAGCCAACGACGCAAAGAGCUGAGACAGAGAGUUGAGCGCUUUCGGGCCCUCGAGAAGUCAGUCGAGCCCUUUCGGACCACGGACGGCGUCGGCGUCCAGGAGAAUCUAGUGACCCGCGAUGGGCCCGUGGAGAAGGAGCUCGAGAGGAUGCGCGUUCUGCUUGCGCGCGUAGUCGGCCGGGUCAGCGAGCUGCCGAACCCGGAUGCGCCGCAAGAUUCGGGGCGUGUAGAGCUCAAUGCGCUGGCGGCGGCAAGGAAGAAGCACAUUGAAGAGUUCCUGGCGGACGGGCGUGUUUUCCCAUCCUGA